GAAAUCAUUUUAUUGGUAGCAACCUAGCGUUAAAAUGUUCAUAAGCCUCGAAAACCUCUUUUUUAUCCUUGUAGCCUACAUUGCCUUUAUUAAGUACGGAACAUUGUACAUGAAGAACAAGCAACCAUUUCCUUUAAUGAUCCCUAUGCUAAUCUACAAUAUAGUACAGCUAUUGAUGAACCUUCAUCUGUUCUAUAUGAGCUACUUACUUCUGGGGUUAAGAGUGUUUUCAUUCUGGUCAGAUGAAUGUUAUCCAGUGACAGCUGCGAACCUCGUUGUCAACGUCAAGGAUGAGAUACUUAUAAUAACUUAUUUCUGCACCGUGAACAAAAUCUUCGACCUAUGUGAGACUGUGUUUUACGUAUUAAUGAAAAAGAGGGAGAAAGUCACCACUCUACACGUUUAUCAUCAUAUCUCCACACUGACGUUAGCGAUAUUGAUGGACCGUCUUGAUUCUAGAGAGGAGAUACUUAUGAAAAUUCUAGCUAUAAAUACAAUUGGAAACAGCGUUAUGCAACUUCAUUUCCUGCUAACAGGCAUCAAUCUGACUUAUCAAAAACUCAUUUUUAUGAAGAAGUUCGUUACUGUGACUUUGACAGUUGAAGUGACGAUGUCGCUGAUAAUGGUGGUGAGACUACUUCUCUACUGCAAUGUUCCACUCUUUUUCACGAUAAUAUGGAUGAUCCAUCUCACAACGCUUAUCGUUCUCUUUGUAAAGCAUUACAAUACCGCAUAUAUAAAGAACAGGAAUCAGUAAAAACAAGCAUAUCUUCAAAGGUGUAGUCAGGGAGUCGGCUAUAAAUUGGCUUGUUAAAAUUUUAUUUAAAAAAUGUAAACUUAUUUUUCAUAUUAAAAGGAGAGAGAGAGAGAGAGAGAGAGAGAGAGAGAGAGAGAGAGAGAGAGAGAGAAGAUAAAUCUGGUAUUGAUUUUGUAAUCUUUGUCUUCUUGGAUCAAACCAAAAAGUUUUCUGUGUAUAAUUGAAGGUUCAUGAUCCGAUGCUUGACAGUUUUAAAUUAAUUGUUGUUGAUUUGUCUUAUAGACUAUUCUGGCAAGAUCUGAUAAUAUUAAAGUCUUAAAAUCAAAAUGUUUUAAUUUUAUUUAAAUUAAUC